AUGGAUAAGCCUACGGAGAACAAUCAUCUAGACGCUAGAGAGGAACGGGACUCUCCGUCUGAGCAUCCAACUGAAGGCCCUUCUCAGGAUGCGCCUCAGGAAACCCCCCAAAAUGAGUACCAGGUUUCGUAUCAAGUACAAGGGACCUCCCAAGGCACGCCCCAACCUACUCUACUAGGUACACCUCAAAACCCCCCCCAGAGUUCACACCAGGAUCUGCAAAGUGUGCCCCAGGGAACCCCCCAAAGUGAACAUCAAAUUUCACAUCGAGUACAAGGGACCCCCCAACAUACGCUCCAUCCCCCUCCACUAGGUAUAUCUCAAAAUCCCCCUCCGAUUUCACACCAAGGUCUGCACGGUACGCCCCAGGGUCCAAGCUUGUCCCACACGGCCCAAAUCGAAGGUGUGGUAGCUUCGAACCCACAACCACCAGUCCGUCAACGACGAUCACCCAUAAAAAUACUACCCAAUAUUCUAGAGGAACAGGAGAGAUUGAGGUCAAAGCCCUUCUCGCCAUCUGAAAGAGAAAAGGAGUAUCACUAUCUCAUGAAAGAAGUCAGCAAAGUCGACCCCAGGGUUCACCGUGAUCUAAUCGGAAGCCUAGUCGCUUUUGGAGAAGCUGCAAAUCAAGAAUGUCGCCGUCUGACUCAAUCCUCCCACGGCCACAACGAUCAAGCAGCCCCCCCUGGAUCCGCCCCUACUGUCAAUCCAAUGGGUACACAAGCUCUGAGGUUUCCACAAUCGACCAGGCAGUACCGGCGGGUUUUGGCCGGAUAUGGCCCAGAUCCUGCCAGACUAGACCCGGGUCCUCAACAAGCACAGCAAUUUCCGCGAGGAUAUGGCCAAAAUCAGCCUGCCCCAAACCUCCAACAGGCUCAAACGUACCCACAGAACCCGAAUCAUCCAGACCAAGUUGCUCCAAAUCCCCAUGAAAGUUAUGGGUGCCCACAAGCUUAUGCCCGAAGCCAACCUAUCCCAAAUUUCCCACAAGCCAAUCCAGAUCCACGAACAUAUGCACCAGUACCUCCAAGGGUGUCAAGAAGCCCGCAGGAUAAUACAUCCGCCGAACAGCCUCAACAAUACCAUGCUGAUUUCCAAAUGCGAGGCACGCCUACGGGAAACUCUAAUAUGCUUCCAGCCCAGGGAAAUGGUAACCCUGCUCCACGAGAUAUCAGCCCUUCAGAUAUUCACAACCCUCAAACUUCAAACCCAUUUCAUUCUUUUGGAUUUCAUCCUGACCAUCCUGACCACCACGAUCGACCCGUUGCACAAAGCCUUCGAAUUCAUCAAGCUGCUGCAGCGACUCCUCUCCAAUCAUCAUCUGUAACAACCCUUUCUUCACAACAGGUUGCAUCUAAUUCUUCUUCUCAUCUAACAUCUACAACGAACCUUUCCCAUCUUUCAAGUCCCUCGGCUCUAGAGAGGGCCAGUCCAGUUACCAGUCCAAGACUUUCCGAGGGAACAGCACCCUCCGAUCAAAUUAGUCCUCUCCUAGAAUUGAGGCUUGCUGGUGAGGCAGUCUCGACGCGUGCUCCCUCGGCUCCCGCCCCUGUAGAAUUAUCGGAGUCUACCCCCGUGAAAGCAUCUAAGGCAGAAGGGAUGUCGCGUCGUGCCUCCCAAAAGAGGCCAAGGCCAUCACCAGAGUCUUCGCCUGAGCCAAGUAAGAGGACGGAGCUUAUCGCACCGUCCGAAACCAUGGAUUCAGACAUUGGGCCGCUCUUGGGCGACGAGCCCUCUUCUGCAACCGCGGAUAACGAAGGAGACGGGGCCAUGACUGGCCCCUUGUCUGACAUCAAUGUGGACGAAAGUCCACUAGGUAACAACAAGGGCGUGGCCGCCUCUAAGAGCAAAGAGGGGCCAACAACCACCAAUCCGGCUCCUGGCAAGGAGAACCAGAAGGCAGGGCUCGGUCGCGAGCCCUGGAGGCACAUGGACUUGGUCAACCUAGGCUACAGGGAUAGGCCAUUUAUCUCCCCGUUUGUCCAGGAAUCUGGAAACCCUGUCUCGGGCCCUGCUUCUGCCCCAGAUUCUGCCGUUGCUGUUCCUACUACCGCCGCUUCUGCCGUUGCCGCGUCUGCCGUUACCGCGCCCGGCGCCCAAACUCGUUCCACCCGCGCCACUGCCCGCCCUAUGCCCCGCGCCAGAGUCCCUCCCUCUUCUGCUGUGCCUACCUCCUUGCGCAGAUCCAGGAGGAACGCAAAGCAGGAGGAGGACGACGAUGAGAUGGAGACAGCUGAGAUCGCCCGGAAGACGAAGGCAGAGGCCUUCGCAAAGCUCUCGAUCAUGAAGAUCGAGAGCAAUGCCGAUGCCAUGCGAGCCCUUCUCUUCCAGAUGGUACACGGCAUCUUCUUUCAAACGAGGUCUGGCACCGGGGAGCCCCAAACAGCCCAGGCCCGAGAAAGACUUGUCCUUCUCAUCAGUCAGGGAAUUCGGGCCCUGAUUGGAACUGGAGACGGCAUCUUAGAUGUCGUCUGCGACGUUUGGCGUCGCGAUUUCGGAGAGGAACUGCGUCGGCCCAAUAUGAAUAUUGGGCCGCCAGUUAGACGCAAUAGGGAGACUGAGGGGCUCGAUUUUUGCGACCCGGGUACUCGGGUCCGUUGCAGUAUCUGUGGCCGACGCCACGGAGUUAGAUUCUCCGUCGGUUUCAGCGGCACACCCUACAAGUCAAACAGGGGGCACAGACCCGAGGAUAUGAUAAAGAGCUCGGACAGCGACCUGCCUGGACCGCCCCGGACCCCGUCGAUGCGCUUUAACGUUGGCAGGCGAUGCACGGAGCUCAUCACAAACUACCACGCUCUCCGACAGUGGGAGAGAGCUCUUAAGGCCUGGGUCCGCGAAAGAAUGCAAGAAUUCGGGCAUAUUAUUGAAGGCGGGUACCUGAAUCGAAACCAUGCUGGCGGGGCCUCAUUCGAGUUCAUUGGUGACAUUGUCCAAAGACUUCUUGAAGAAAGAGCCGAAGACGGUACCCCAAAGGUAUUUGGGUUUCUCGAAAAGCUUACCAGGACCCACGCGCGCUCAUUAGAAAUCAGACAGGAUAGGAAGGGUAAGACUCUUAGGUUCAGGAAGCGAUAUGGCCCAGGCACAGGAAAAAAGAAGGGCGCCGACAAGGCUUCUGCCCCAAUUGAGAAACAAAAUGCUCAGGAAAUCAGAAGAGGGGCCCCUGGAAAUGAAAUCGGUCCUCCCAGAACGCUGGCUAGUCUACUUAAACGCCAACCUAGUCUUUCUGAGACUGGACAAAAUGCUCAUCAGACGACCCAAGCCAGUCUGCCAUCUAGACCAACAGAUCGACCAGGGAUAAGGGUCCGAUAUCAUGGCAUCGGGAGAAUCCGAACUAGAGCGGCUAUUGACUCCGACUCUAGCGACGAAAUUUUACUUGACGAAAAUCACAACGGCGACGAAUCUUCCGAUUCUGAUGACUACGUCUUCCUUGACGAUGAGGAUGAAACUAAAGAAUACCGAGAGCGAAAGGAUCAGUGGGACGAGAACCGGCGAGGAGGACACUAA